UCUGUCUGCCUCGAGUGCAGCAAAUGGCUGCUCAGCUGCAGCUGCCUGGUUAGGAUGGCUGGGAAAAGAGUCCGCCCCUGCCUCCCAACCUGACUCCUCAUGGCUUCACCCUGCCCCCCAUCCUGACCCGCCUCCCAUCCUGAGUCCCCACAUCUUGGCCUCGCCUUCCAUUCUGAUCCCGCCUCCCAUCCUGAAUCCCCAUAUCUUAACCACGCCUCCAAUCCUGACUCCCCAUGGCUUGCCCCCGCCUCCCAUCCUGACUCCCCAAAGCUUGGCCUGGAGUUGAAGCCAUCAGCGGUCGUCCCAAUCAUCAAUUGGUUUGGUGCUUCUGUAGAUGCUCGUUGUGGGUGUUACACAAAGACACACUUACCUUCACACUGAGCAUCUUGGGUGGCGUUAGCGCUUUGCUUGACCUGCUCUAUCAGUGGGGUCCUGGUGUUUGGAAUACUUGUAUGGAUAUAGCCAUUGACAAGGUGCUCCAGAUACUUAUGGAGGUGUGAGCAAGAGGUCUAUAGCCAGCUGAAGACAUCCACCUGGGCAUCACUGGUAGUCCUGGCAGGAAAAAAGAGCACUGGCAGAAAAGCUGGCAUUUCUGUGUGGACUACUGGUGAUUCCACACUGUUACUAAGCUCACCCGCAUCGAUGACACCUUGGAAUGGGUCAGGUGAUUCAUCUCACUGUUGUAACAGCCUGUGGAAGAUGUCCCAGAAGAAGCUUUUUCUGGUUCUGGUGGCAGUUACUACCAUCAGUUUUCUGUUGCAUCAUGGGGGUCACCUCAGCUGGACUUUGGAGGCAUUCCGAAUGGGCUGCUCAUCCAUGCGUUCUUCCUUGCCCUCUGUAGACGGUGUUUCCACUUCUAGUCGGGGUCGCCCCAAGCACACCAGCGUGGCCUUCCUGAAGACACACAAAACAGCCAGCACCACUGUGCAGAACAUGCUCUUUCGCUUUGCCGAGCGCAACAACCUCACGGUGGGGCUACCCAUCACCGCGUGUGAUCACCAGUUCUGCUACCCACGCCUUUUCAGCAGGAACUUCGUGCACCCGCACACCACGCCGCCGGACAUUGUCACCAGCCACAUGCGCUUCAGCCAUUCCGAGGUGCGCCGUUUCAUGCCCAACAACACCAUCUACAUCACCAUCCUGCGGGAGCCUGGCGCAAUGUUUGAGUCACUGUUCAGCUACUACAACCAGUACUGCCAGAGCUUCAGACGAGUUCCUAACGGCUCCCUGGAGACCUUUCUGGACCAUCCAUGGAUGUACUAUCGCCAGGAGGAGAAUGACUCCAUGUACGCUAGGAACACGCUGACCUUCGACCUGGGUGGCGACAAGGACCGGCUGCCAGUGAACGCAGCAGCGUACGCAAAGCGCUUCGCAGCCAAGGUGGAGCGGGUCUUCUCGCUGGUUAUGAUCUCUGAACACUUCGACGAGUCUCUGGUCUUGCUGCGUCGACUGCUGUCGUGGGACUUGGAAGAUGUGCUCUACGUCAAGCUCAAUAUGCGCACGGCAUCCUCCAAGAACCGCCUGUCCGCAGAGCUCAGGGGCAAGAUCCGCGCUUGGAACGCCAUCGACACUGCGCUCUACGACCACUUCAACACCUCCCUGUGGCGGCAGCUGAAGAUGCUGGGGCUGGCCUGUGUCGCUAGGGAGGUCCAGCUGCUGCGCCAUGCUCGCGACCAGCUGGUGCGCGGCUGUUUCGGCGGACGCCUGCCCCAGUUGCGUUCGGCUUCACAGAUUGUCAACAAGGAUCUGAGGCCCUGGCAGCCCAGCUCCAAGGUGUCCAUUGUUGGCUAUGACUUACCUACCAACACCUCGAUCAAAGGUUCCGGUCUGCAACAGGACAUGUGCAUGAGGAUGAUCUUGCCCGAAGUGCAGUAUACGCGGCUUCUGCUGCGCUCACAGUCGGUGCGCUACCGGAGCAGGUUACUGCACCGCCAUGCCCAGCACACACCAAGACCCAGAGGGUCACAGCGAGAAAGAAUUGCCAUGAACCCUGAGGUACGACAUUUGGGCAAACAGGGUAAGAGCCCAAAGGGAACUCUACGUGUCUCCCAGUGAUCAGUCAGUAACUUGUCCAUUGCCUCAUGCCUUCUUCUUGUAAGGCAGAUGGCAGGAAACAUCUUGAGGACAGAAAACAGCGUGGGUGCCCAGGACAGUGCCUGCCAUUAUACUUCCAUCCUCAGGACUGCAGGAGACUCAGACUCAGAACUGCUGUGUAGGUAUAAGGCUUAAAGAAUCUUUUGAAUGUGUCUUAUGAGGCCUCCGGCAGCUGGUUCUGUGAGUCUCAUAAAGACCAGAGAGUUCCUGUAAUACUCUUCAUGGCCUAAAGACCAGUUUCUUGAUCUCCAGUGUCUUGAUUAAAGAGGUAUCUAUGAGUUUUAUUUUUUCUUUUCCCUUCCAGCUGUGUAGGAGUGUAACAGCUAAAUGAUGUUACAUAUGAAGGGUAUUCAUAUGAAGAAUCAUGCAAGUGUGUGUGUGUGUGUGUGUGUGUGUGUGUGUGUGUGUGUGUGUGUGUGUGUGUGUGUGUGUGUGUGUGUGUGUAUGUGUGUGCGUGCGCGCAUUGCACAUGCAUAUUUAUCAAAGCUUAGCAGGGCCAUGCUUCAGCCAAAUGGCAUGGUUCUGUCAAUUGGCUACACACCCAUGGUCUGAAUCCCAUAACGCUGGACAGCUGGUGAUGCAAACCUCUCAAAGGCAGACAAAGCAUUUAAAUAUUUAAUCAUUUAAUCUUGAGCCCUUCCUCUGGGCUGCUGCUUGGGUUACACUGCUGAGCAUCUCACUAGAGCCCACCAGGACACACUGAGCAUGCUCAGACAGAGGAUGGCACCACACAAAGGAGGAACACUAUCAAAGGAAAAUGACCAUUCAAGCCUUGCUAGUUUUUGGAAAGCAGUUGGAGAAGAAAGCAAUGAUAAUGUGAAGAAACUUGCACCACAACAAGUAAUAAGAUGCUAUAAUCUUUGUACUUACACAUUUAUGUAAAGACUACUGUAAAGACAUUAUUUAGUAAAAUUCAUGUGCACAAUGUCUCCAGGAAAGCUGUGCUCUUGAAACAAUCUAUUUGAAUGAUUAUACAUUUUCCCUUGUUAUCCUAUAUUGGACAUACCAUUUAACCUCACUAGAGUGUGUCUAGGCUUGUGUUCUGAUUCUGGAAUCUUUAGUCUGAGAUGGGAUUCAUCUGUGAGACAAGAAGGAGCAUGUGUGAACCUAAGAACUCAUUAUUAUUAUUAUUAUUAUUAUUAUUAUUAUUAUUAUUAUUAUUAUAAAGUAAAUUAUUUGUGCAGUAAUUCAAGAGUCUAAACCCAGUGUGAUCAA